AUGGGUAUUGACAAAGUUGGCGGCGAUAUUUUGAAGGCUGGAGGAGAUAUCUUGUAUAACAAUCUAGCCAGAUGUUUCAAUGAGGUGAUAGAACACAGAAAAGCACCAGAGGAUUGGAACAAAGUGAGAAUAAAACUGCUUGAAAAAAAGAAAAAUCCAGAAUGUGUCAAAGAUGUUCGCCCAAUCUCGAUUCUUUCCAUACCAGGAAAAAUAUAUACAAAAAUUCUAACAAAUCGAAUGGUAAAAAGAGCGGAGGAAUAUAUGGAUGAAAGUCAAGGCGGAUUCAGACCCGGUAGAAGCUGUGCUGAAAAUCUGCAAUCAAUCAGCUGCCUAUGGGAAAAAUGUUAUGAAUAUGAAAUUCCAUUGAUAUUGACCUUUAUCGACUUCCGUGCUGCAUUUGAUUCAAUACUGUGGAGUGCAGUACAAGAAGCAGUUAUGGAAUCGGGAUUCGAGCCCCAAUAUAUGGAAGCCAUCAAGAUUUGCAACGAAAUUGGAACUGGUGAAAUUGAAAUCCAUGGAAAGAAACUGAAAAUACCAAUGGAAAGAGGUGUGAGACAAGGUGAUUCAUCGUCGCCGACUCUUUUCGCAAUUGCCCUCCACAAACUGUUAAACGAAGCCGAUCCACUGCCAGAAGACGACAUUGAAGAUAACUUUGGUAUCAGAGUCGACGGAACAUACAUCUCAAGACUUCUCUUUGCUGAUGAUGUGGUUUUGAUAGACAAAAAUCCGAAGGACGCAUCAGAAAGAGCUUCGAAAAUUGCGAAAGUUUGCGAAAAAGCUGGCCUCCACUUCAACACAUCAAAAUCGAAGGUUUUGAGAAACGAUCUAGGAUCCACAAGUCUGGUUCGAGUCAAUGGAAUCCCAUUGGAAGAUGUGAAUCAAAUCAAAUAUCUUGGCAGAAUCUUCAAAAAAGAUGGACUACUGGAUGCUGAAGUGAACAACCGAAUAAGAUCGGGUUGGGCGUCAUAUCACAACAUCGCGACCGCCAUCUCAGAUCUUCCUGAAAAAGAGAAGAACCACUUCCUCAAAUCAAGUGUAAUUGGAGCUAUAACUUAUGGAUGUGAAACAUGGAAUACCAAGGUGGAAGAUGUGAAGAGAAUCCAGAGAAGUGUGAAUUAUAUCUGGGAUCAAGCUCAAGCUGGAAAACCACCAAAUAUGGAAACCCACAUAAUGAAGUCGAAGUUGAGAUGGGCAGGACACGUAGUCCGGCUGCCACAAAGAAGAUUAUGCAGAAUCAUAACCAUCUGGGAACCACCAAAAGGCGUCAAAAGAAGAAGAGGGAGACCGAGAAAAAGAUGGUCGGAUGAUAUUCAAAGUGAAGUCAAAGUGCACCAACACAAUAUAAAUUUACAAGGCCUCGGUGGAGGCGGAAGAAGAAGGAUCGGGCUAAUCUCCAAUAAAAUGCCCUGGUCACGAUUGGCGAGAUCAAGAAGUUCCUGGAAACAUCUAGUCCACAGCUACACGCUCGAAUAA